CCUCGAACCGAUGCAUUGGUCAAAGCUCGUAUUCAAUUUGAAAGUGAUUUACUAUUAGUCGGUGAAUUACGUAAAAUUGAAAAGGAAGCCAUUGAACAAACAGUACAAGAAUUAGAUCAGUUAACUGAAUCAAAACCGGUUAGAAACUCUUGCCCGAAAUUUCGAGGAUUCACUUCUUGACCUGCGACUUCUGAUGUCGUCUAAUGCGCAUCUACGCAAUCCUCUGCCAAUUCUACCGUUUUAGGGUAUUUCUACCUUUUUACAAGACACACUCAACUCUCCCUUACCCAUAUCCUUCCUACUACUUGGUCGGAGUUCCAACACCUUUUCGUCGAUCAAUUUACUUCCCCCC